AUGGCGGAAGUCGGCCUCAUUGGGACGAUUAUUGGCAUAGCCAGUGUAGGAGUCAAGCUGUCCAUCACACUGUACACCUUCUCCGAGACAGUGUCAACAGCCCAUGCGGAGAUCAAAAAUGUCGCACGAGAUGUAUCUCUCACCUCUGCCGUACUCGAAGAACUCGGAGCCAGUCUUCACCAAGAUGACGAGGCGAAACUGUACUCGGGAUCUGCAUUGCGAACCGCGAAAGAUGUGGUCAAGGAGUGCGAGGCUGUCUUCAAUGAUAUUAAUAUAGUCAUGGGGAAGGCCAUUGAUACCGCAUCCAAAAGAGGCAUCAAAAAGGGCAAGAUAGCUUUAUCGGCGAUAGAAAAGUUGAAAUGGCCGUUCCUUCAGCCGAAGAUGGAAAUGUUAAGGGGAAAUCUAGAGAGACUAAAGAGCACUCUCGUACUAAUGUUGAACGUUUUGACCUACGCCAGGGAUUUGAGGGCCAAGAAGGAAACCUCGCCAAAAGAAGAUGCCGGGUAUCAGAAAUUGCUCCUUGAAAAUUUGCUGCGUGCAAAUCAAGAGGCAACCAGGAACUAUGAGGUUCUUUUGAAAACCAUCGGGUCUCAAAUCGAUAGCAACAGCUUAGGACAAAGCCGGUCUUUAGAGUCCGAGGCCUCAACCUUGACGGAUCAAGACAAGAUACCAGGGUCGGCACCAUUCAUCUCCCUUGCGAAACAGCCCGCUUUGGACAAGGACUUGCUUUCAUCAAGCAUCGUACAGGCUACUACCGAGAAAUCACGAUCACAUAUUGAGUCAACGGUCAGAGCUUGCAUUGCCAGCAUUGAGGACGCUCUUCUCAGAUUCGAGCAAUCAGGUACAAUCAGCAAAGAAGAUGCACGCAUCGACGUCCACAUUGAAGUACAGAAAGACAAUGUACAGCUCUUUGGAGACUCUCAAGCGCUCCCCAAUCAUUGGAAAGUGGUGUCGAUAGUCCGAAAGAAUGAACAAGCGUCGCCUCAAGUGUUAGACAUGCUUGCGGGCAAAUCAUCUGAGUUCGUGCCUGGUGGUCUGGAAGAGGUCUAUGAUCCACAUAUCCCGAAUUCUCUAAACAACAGUUCGAUACACUACCAAACAACAGCCGCGCUGCAGGCGCAAAUUGACCAAACUGCUGGCGUGAUGCGCGACAACAUACACAACGCAAUGCUAAGAGGUGAAAGGUUGGAUAACCUACAAGAUAAAACUGCGAAUCUGGCUGUAUCAGCCCAAGGGUUUGGUCGCGGUGCAAACAGGGUGAGAUCAGGGACCCCGUGGUUUAUCAAGGCCUGGAACUCUCUUCCCUCUACUGAGGAUGCCGUCAAUUCCAUUCAGAAUUCCCUCCCUUCGCCAGCCGCCACAAUGGCUUCCGUUCGGCAAACACUGCAAGGCACGGGACUGUUCUUGGGUGUAGAGGCGGAGACUGAGAAUGUAGAUACUGUCCUGGAGUACAAAAACACGAGACCUAAAGAAUCGCCUACCAAAGAGCACGACCCAGAGGUGCCUCGGCGGUCUACAAGAACCCCGACAUUCGAUGACUUCCUAUCACCUCUCUCCCCAGGUCGCAGGCUGGACUCUGUCUCAGACUCAUUUCCUUCCGCUGUAUCAGGCGAGCCGCCUCUCAAACAGGACACUUACGAUAGCCUACGUGAAGCAGACGAGAACAACGAGGCCCUGGAAGACCCGGCUGAUGCUGUCAUUCAGCUAUUGACUGAAUGGACGACGGUUUUUGAUGACGAAAGCUCUCGGUGA